AUGAGUCACAAUAUUACAGCACCACCAAACUAUGCUCCUCCACAGCAAGAUAGUGUGUAUCAUGUACAGCCAGAUCUAGAAAAUGCAGACUUUAAUGAGAAGCCGCAACCAUCUAAGGACUUCGAUGACUCCUUUAAAAUAAACAAGCCAAAGUUCAAUGAUUGGCCGUUUACAAUAUUCUUUAUUUUGACUGUGUUUGGAUUCAUUGCCAUAGCAGGUAUUACGUUGAAUGCUUUGCGAGAGACUUACCAUAAUCAAGGUUCUUCUAUUUAUGGCUCAAGUAAUAACUUCACUUUGAACACAAACACCGUUAUCUUAUUUGGUUUCAUAGUGGUAGUGUCGGUCGUUCUCUCAAUUGCAAUCAUUAUGUUUGCGAGAUUAGCUGCAAGAGUCUUUAUUAUUACGGGCUUAAUUUUGAAUAUUGUCUUGGGACUUGGAACUUGCAUUUUCUACUUUGUCGAGCAUUACUAUUCAGCUGCAGUUGUGUUUUUGAUAUUCACUUUGUUUACAGCCUGGUGUUACUGGGGUGCUAGAAGUAGAAUUCCUUUCAGUGCUACAGUCUUGGAAAUCGUAAUUGAUGUCAUGAGAAGAUAUCCUUCAACCUUACUUACAUCAUUGAUUGGUACCAUCGUUUCCGGGUUGUUUGGUGUUCUAUUUUCAGUAGUUAUCGUUGCUACGUAUGUCAAGUAUGAACCUAAUUCUGACAAUGACGGGUGUUCUGUUGGUGGUGGUAGUUGUUCAAAUUCAAAGUUAAUUGGUGUCCUAGUAUUUGUUUUCUUCGCAGGCUACUAUAUUUCAGAGGUUAUCAGAAAUAUAAUCCAUGUCGUAAUUGCUGGUAUAUAUGGUACUUGGUAUUAUUUAGCCGGGUCUGAUCAAGGUGAGCCAAGACAUCCAGCGUUAGCAUCUUUAAGGAGAGCCAUGACAUAUUGCUUUGGUUCUAUAUGCUUUGGUUCUUUAAUAGUGUCCUUGAUACAACUCCUUAGGGCCCUCAUCAGUUCGCUAAAAUCCAAUGCAUUUAGCAGCGGGGAUUAUUGUGCUGGCUGCGGAUUCUUGAUAUUAGAUUUCAUCAUAAGUCUAAUAGAUUGGAUGGUUCGCUACUUUAACCAUUAUGCUUAUUGUUAUGUUGCGUUAUACGGAAAGAGCUACGUGAAGUCUGCUAGAGACACAUUUGAUCUACUUCGCUUUAAGGGAAUGGACGCUUUGAUCAAUGAUUGUUUCAUAGGAACAUCCUUGAACUUGUAUUCAUUAUUUGUCGGUUAUGUUACUGCUUUAUUAGCUUGGUUUUAUCUCAAAUUUACCAAGCCAGAGUACAAUUCACUGGGUAAUUACUAUGCACCUGUUGUUGCCUUUGGAUUUUUGAUAUCAGGUCAAAUUACACGUGUAUCCUUGGUUGUAAUUGAAUCAGGUGUUUCUUCCUUCUUUGUUGCAUUAGCCAAAGAUCCUGAGGUAUUCCAAAUGACCAAUAGAGAUAGAUUUGAUGAAAUUUUUAGAAAUUAUCCUCAAGUCAUGCAAAAGCUCACUUCAGAGCAUUAG